UUGAAAAUGCUGUUUAAGGAUGUAUUACAUAUGUGUUGAUGCGACAAUAUGAUUGUGUUGGAUACGCACCUGUCACUGCUGAAGACAGAGUACAGUCAUUUCAAUAUGCCUCCUCACUCUCCACUGUAUCCUGGGUGUCCUGUUUUAUUUAUGUAUUUAUUUUAUUUCAUUUCAUUUCAUUUUUGCAGAAACUAUUUUAAUUGUGUACUCUGUAUUUGCUAACGCGCUGGCAUUACCUGCAUCAACAAACAAGCUUUUAAUAAGAAUAAGAAACACUCUUAGCAUAUAUCUGGUAUAUUUAAGCGUUUCCGAAUAAAUCAGUUGCUUUAGUAACGUUUAGUAACGUAAUGGACUUAACAUAAAAAGUAUCAAAAAGUACAAAAAAUUUUGUAAUUGUUUUUUUUUUUUUUUUUUUUUUUUUUUUUUUUUAUAUAUAUAUAUACAUAAUCCCGUGGUAAUACCAUGUUUGUUUGUUUGUUUUUUGGACAUGGUACCAUAUCUGCUAAAUGACUGCUUACUAUUUUUCUCCCAUAGCACCAUAGUAUUAUUUGAGGUACCUUGCAGUACUAUGUAAAUACCAUGACACAUUAAUGUGGUAAACUUUCAUAGUAUUAGCAUUUUGGUACCCUCACUCUACCAUGGUGCCACCACAGUUUUGGAACUGUUUAAUCUUAGUGUGGUAUGCUAUUUUUCUGAGCAUUGUAGAAUUGAUCUUGCAUUGCUGGGAUACAGGCCUUGGGUUUCAUUUAUAGCUUAGUAGGCAACAAAAUAACUUAAGCAGGCCCCUUUAGAGUACAGUAGAGGACAGUAAUGAGAAUCUCUGGCCAGGUCAGCUGGGUACAGAUCUGCUGUCAAAGCACACUUUGCUUUUGCGAAAAGAGUUGGUCGGAAAUUCUGUUUAUUCCGAAUUAAUUGAAGAGCAAUUAACUUUGUGUGGCUGUGUUUUCUUCUGAACACUUUAUACAGCCCAAAACCGAUGCUGAGUUGUUUGUUUAUUUUCAAGCUUGUUGUUAUUUACUCUCUCUCCUGUCAUGCAGCAGGGUACAACAUGCCUACCUCCCUCCUGUGGGCUGUUGAUGUUUACGGGAGGGUUUAUAGUCUGCCUAAAGCAGGCCAGCAGUGGGAGCACUGUCGUGAUGCCCACUUGGAGUUUAAGCGUGUCACAGCUGUGCAACAGUGUGGCUGGGGCAUCGCCUGUGACCACAACAUCUACCUGAACGUCCGUGCCAGUGAUGUACCCAUUCGCUACCAAGAGGAGACGUAUGAAAACCAGAGGUGGAACCCUGUUGAUGGCUUCUCAGACCGGCUUUUACCGAGUGACCGCUGGCAGUGGAGUGAUGUCACAGGGCUGAAGCACCAGCCUCUGGGUGGAUCACAGCUGCCCUCUGAGAACUGGGAGUGGGAAGCAGAUUGGCAUGUGGAUGAAAAUUUUGGAGGAGAGCCCACAGAGAAAGGGGGAUGGACAUAUGCCAUUGAUUUUCCAGCGGCUUAUACAAAAGACAAAAAGUGGAACUCUUGCGUACGUCGCCGCAGAUGGGUACGAUAUAGAAGGUACAAAGCACAGGAGAGCUGGGUCAAGAUCCCCUCGGAGCAGACUGAAUCUCUCCCUGACCCGUUUAAUGACAUCACUUGUGGUGGAUGGGAGAUCACUGAGGAACCCAGAGGGUGUUUGGCACUGUGGGCUGUCUCUCUGCAGGGAAAGGUGUGGUUUCGCAGUGGCAUCAACCACUAUAAUCCUGAGGGCUCAGUUUGGGAGGAGGUGCCUGUGCCAGGGGAGGUGGUACAGAUCAGCUGUGGGCCGGGGGAUCUGCUGUGGGCCGUCCUAUGGGAGGGUCAUCUGUUGGUCAGAGAGGGCAUUGGCAGAGACUGUCUCAAAGGCUCAUCAUGGGUCACAGUGGAGUCGCCAAGCCCUGGAGUUGGUGCAGUACAUGUAGCUGUUGGUGUAAAUGUAGUGUGGGCAGUCACUAAAGAUUAUAAAGUCUGGUUUAGACGGGGUGUGAAUUCCCAUAAUCCGUGUGGCUCAGGUUGGAUCUGUAUGGUUGGACAGAUGGUGAUGAUCGAUGUGGGUCUCAAUGACCAGGUGUGGGGUAUUGGUUUUGAAGACCGGGCGGUAUAUUUCCGUCAGGGUGUGACUGCCAGCGAGCUGAGUGGGAAGGCUUGGAAAGUUGUGUCGGUGCCACGAGACAGUGACCGUUCCCACUCCAGCGCCAGUGUGAGCAGUCUUCAGAGUGCUGGUUGUUUCUUUGGCGGUGAGGUGCGUCUGCAGUCCCAGGCUUCUGUGUUGAGUGAUGUGGAUCCUGUGACUGAAAGAGCUGCAGGAGAAGUUCUCCCCACUCCUGAGACUGGAGAUGCCCCUAAACCACGCAUUCCCAAAGUGACCAGUGACAGCUUUAUCUCUGAGCUGGUGUCUGAUCGCGAAGGCCAGAUCAGCCGAUGUGACGUGCCCUCAACAGCAGCAGCUGGCCCAUCUAUCCCUGAGGAGGAGCAAGCAGAAGGGGAAGUGGAGGACAGGGCUUCCCCUACCCAGGUUCUGUCUCCCAUCCAUUCAGGUGGGCUGGACCCUCAAUGGAGCAAUGUGGACCUGGAGGAGGCCCAGACUCACCUGGCUUCAGGACCUGGGAGAGACACCGCUGAUACCUGCAGUCUGUCCUCUGUAGCCACCUAUAAUUUGGCCCUGGAGGAGCCUUAUGGAGCUGAUGAACAUCCAAAAUGGGCCUGGGUGAGCGGCGGAGGAUGUGCAGUCGACUGCCACUCACAGCUCAACUGGUUCAACUCUACAUCCACAGCCCUGAACUGUUCUAUGCAGGCCAUGUCUCUUUCGAUUACUCCAGCACAAACAGCAGCCUGGCGCAAACAGAUAUUUGAGCAGCUUAACGAACGGUCCAAAAGAGAAAUGGAGAAUUUUGUGCAUUAUGAGCAGGCCAUUGAACAGUCUGUUUGGGUGAAAAAGGGCACCAUGCAGUGGUGGCGAGACUGGAAGCCACAUAAGUGGGUGGAUGUUCAGUUUGCCCUGGAGCAGUUCUCAGGAGCAGAGGGCAACAAGGAUGGAAUUCUGUUUAUCUACUACACCUUUAAUGAUGAGAAAAAGUAUCUCCAUGUCUUCAUUAACGAAGUGACAAUCCUGGUGCCAGUGCAGAAUGACUCCAAAAACACGUUUGCCAUCUAUACAGCGGAGAGAACCCAACAGAGGUGGCCCAUCCGUCUGGCUGCGGCCACAGAGCUGGAGAUACACGAUUGGCUAGCUCUGCUCAGUGUGUCCUGCUGUGACUCCAGAGGUAUUCAGGGCCCUCCCUCCAAACAGGCCAUCUGGUCUGUCACCUGUAAAGGUGACAUCUUUGUAAGCGAGCCCACAAAAGAACUAGAGGCAUCUCUCUAUCCUACACCCUGUGAUCAGAUGUUCUGGCGUCAAGUCGGAGGGCAUAUGCGUAUUAUUGAGUCCAACAGUCUUGGUGUGGUGUGGGGGAUCGGUUAUGACCACACCGCCUGGGUCCAUACCGGCGGCUAUGGAGGAGGGUUCAUUCAGGGGUUGGCAAGCAGUACAGAUAACAUCUACACACAGACAGAUGUGAAGAGUGUUUAUAUAUAUGAGAACCAACGCUGGAACCCUGUCACUGGUUACACCAACAGGGGUCUCCCUACAGAUCGUUACAUGUGGAGCGAUGCCUCGGGUCUGAAGGAGUGCAACAAAACCAACACUAAACCACCCUCCCCAAACUGGACCUGGAUGUCAGACUGGACUAUCGACUAUGCUGUGCCAGGAGGGACAGACAGAGAGGGCUGGCAGUAUGCAGCUGACUUUCCUGUGUCAUACCAUGGAAAUAAAACUUUGAAGGACUUUGUCCGGCGCAGGCGUUGGGCCAGAAAGUGUAAACUCACAACAACUGGCCCCUGGCAGGAAGUCCCACCUAUACCUUUGAGUGAUGUAACAAUCCUACCUUGUGGACCAAAGAGCACAGUAGAACAGGUGCCACUAUGGGCCAUCAGCAACAAGGGAGACGUCUUGUGCCGCCUGGGCGUCACCUCCCUGACCCCUGCGGGGUCGUCAUGGUUACACGUGGGAACUGACCAGACUUUCAAGUCGAUUUCCAUUGGUGCCGUCCACCAGGUUUGGGCCAUCGCCAAGGAUGGUUCUGCAUUCUAUAGAGGCUCCGUAUCUGCCCAGAACCCAGCAGGAGAUUGUUGGUACCACAUCCCCUCUCCAACUGGACAGAAGCUCAAACAGGUGUCUGUGGGCAGGACAUCUGUUUACACAGUGGAUGAAAAUGGUAACCUCUGGUACAGACAAGGUGUGACCCCCAGUUACCCUCAGGGCUCAUCAUGGGAGCACAUCUCCAAUAAUGUGCGCAAAGUAUCUGUGGGACCUCUGGACCAGGUGUGGAUCAUUGCGGAUAAGGUGCAGGGUAGUCACAGUUUGAGCUGUGGAACUGUAUGUCGCCGGCUGGGGUUGCUGCCUAUGGAACCUAAAGGCCACUCAUGGGACUAUGGCAUUGGGGGUGGAUGGGAUCACAUAACAGUGAGGGGGAAUGCCAUGGAGGUGCCUCGCAUCCAAAUGCCGUCCCUGACUGACAGCAGCAGCAAACAAACAGCAGCACACAAUCCACUGCAAACCAAUAACCAGCCAGAGAUGAAUGGAAAUCCAGUAGGCUGUUAGUGAAACAUCUGAGCCCAUUAUCACUGUAGCCAUGAAUUGUUCUCUUCCCAUCUGUAGCGCUUCUCUUCAAUAGAGCGUAGAGUUGCUCUCACUCCAACUUGAAAAAAAUCAUUCAACUCGAGCUCCUGUGUGUGCAAAUGGCUGUUAUUAUUUGCA